CCUGUGUCAUCAGAGUCUCACUGUCUACGACAGCUUCAUCUCUUAGUUCCCUACUUAAAGAAAGCAUACUAAAAAGAUUGAAAUCAAGUCUCUCUGAUACGCUCAUUCACAUAUCAUCGGCCCUUUGUUUUCUAUCAAUCGCAAUCAUGGCAUCUGUAAAACCCGUCACCGAAGCUCCCCCAACCAGCUCAGUCUCGCUAUCAUAUCCAGCUCCGUAUGUUCUGGUCGUAACAAUAAAUCGCGAAAAAGCGAUGAACGCGAUCCCAUUCGCUGGUCAUUGGGAAAUGCAUCAGAUCUUCGAGUGGUUCGACAAGGAACCAAAUUUGCGAGUAGCUAUCAUCACUGCGGCAGGGAAGAAAGCAUUCUGCGCAGGACAGGACCUCAUAGAGCUUGGGAAACUUCGUUCAGCCUCAGAAAAACCACCAGCUGCUUUGAUGACACAUCCACCAAGCGGGUUUGGCGGUAUCAGUCGGCGGACAGGGAAGAAGCCUAUCAUCGCUGCAGUCAAUGGUUUCGCGUUUGGGGGUGGAUUUGAAAUUGUGCUGAAUUGCGACUUGGUGGUUGCAUCCCCGACAGCGUCAUUUUCGCUCCCGGAAGCUCUGCGCGGAAUAUGGGCAGGUGCCGGCGGACCUGCCAGACUAGUCCGCAAUGUCGGCCUCCCAAUUGCCAGCGAAAUUGCACUUACGGGAGUACCGAUUAGUACUAAGAGGGCUCUUGAGCUCAACCUCAUCAACCGAAUAUCAUCCUCGCAAGACACGCUCGUCGAAGAGGCAGUGAAGCUUGCCAACGGGAUUGCAGCAAUAUCACCGGACGCGGCUAUCGUCACCCGUGCAUCCUUGAGGGAAGCUUGGGAGACGUCCAGUGUGGAGCGAGCUACUCAAAUAGUGGCCGACAGGUACAAGGACGGGCUUCUCGACGGCGACAAUGCGAAAGAAGGGCUUGUGGCGUUUGCUGAGAAGCGGAAACCGAACUGGAAGCCAUCCAAGUUGUAAAGAGUAAUUCAAGCGGCUCUCUUCUAUAACUAAUGACUGCCAUAGCUUCGGACAAGUCUCUUCUAUCCGUCCUCGAAGCCAAUGCAUCAUCUGACUUAGUUCAAGCCGGGAGACCGUAGCACUAUGGAUCAUGUACGCGGCAUGAGGGGGCGUUCUGCAGCUUCACUCUCACCGAAGUGGGAUUCCGCAGCGGCUUCCGUGCUGGUUUUAACGCAAGAUUUGGAUUAAAAACCAGCGGAGACACCGGGAAUAGGUACUGCUAGCUGCCAACCCGCGUGGGUGAUUGGCCUCAAGCGGUCGAUCAUGAGUCGUUUUCUCCGCAUUCCCUCUCCCCCACCCCCGCCUUUUCUUACCCUAGGAUCGGCCCAUCGCCUCGGCACCUGGUUCGGCGCCUUCGUCCGCCAUAAUAGCUUCCCGAUGACGGACGUGUCGUCUUUUAUAAUUUUCAAUUGGAAUUUUAUUACUCAC